CUGUACUGGUUUAUACUGGUCCAUACUGGUCCGAACUGGUUUAUACUGGUCCAUACUGGUCCUUACUGCUCCAUACUGGUCCAUACUGGUUUAUACUGGUCCAUACUGGUUUAUACUGGUCCAUACUGGUCUGUACUGGCCCAUACUACUCCAUACUGGUCCGUACUGCUCCAUACUGGUCCAUACUGGUCCAUACUGGUCCGUACUGGUCUGUCCUGGUCCGUACUGGUCUGUACUGGUCCAUACUGGUCCAUACUGGUCCAUACUGGUGCAUACUGGUCCAUACUGGUUUAUACUGGUCCAUACUGGUCCAUACUGGUCCGUACUGGUCUGUCCUGGUCCGUACUGGUCUGUACUGGUCCAUACUGGUCCGUACUGGUCCAUACUGGUCCGUACUGGGCCAUACUGGUCUGUACUGGUCCGUACUGGUCCAUACUGAACCAUACUGGUCCAUACUGGUUUCUACUGGUCUGUACUGGUCUGUACUGGUCCAUACUGGUCCGUACUGGUCCAUACCGGUCCGUACUGGUCCAUACUGGUCUGUACUGGUUUAUACUGGUCCAUACUGGUCUGUACUGGUUUAUACUGGUCCAUACUGGUCCAUACUGGUGCAUACUGGUCUGUACUGUUCCAUACUGGUCCAUACUUGUCAUACUGGUCCAUACCGAACCAUACUGGUCCAUACUGGUGCAUACUGGUCCGUACUGGUUUAUACUGGUCCAUACUGGUCCAUACUGGUCCGUACUGGUCCAUACUGGUCCGUACUGGUCCGUACUGGUCCGUACUGGUCUGUCCUGGUCCCCCCAGACCCUGCGCCGGCGCGGCGGCCGCACCCUCAGCGGGUAUUUCCUGGCGGGGCGGAGCAUGGCCUGGGGGCCCGUGGGGGCGUCGCUCUUCGCCUCCAACAUCGGCUCCGGGCACUUCGUGGGGCUGGCGGGGACGGGCGCGGCCGGGGGCAUCGCCGUGGGCGGCUUCGAGUGGAGCGGGAUGUUCAUCGUGCUGCUCCUGGGCUGGGUCUUCGUCCCCAUUUACCUGAAGGCCGGGGUGUCGACGAUGCCGGAAUACCUCGGGAAGAGGUUCGGGGGGGGUCGGAUCCAGCUCUACCUGGCCCUGCUCUCGCUGGGGCUCUACGUGUCCACCAAGAUCUCGGUGGACAUGUACUCGGGGGCCAUUUUCAUCCGCGAGGCCCUUGGGUGGGACCUCUACGCGUCCGUGGGGGCCCUGCUGGGCGUCACCGCCGUCUACACCGUCACAGGGGGCCUGGCGGCGCUGAUGUUCGCGGACCUGGUGCAGACCCUCAUCAUCGUCGUGGGGGCCUCGGUGCUGGCGGGAUACGCGCUGGGCGCUGUGGGGGGCUACGAGGGGCUGUUGGAGCGCUACCCCCUGGCCACGCCCCCCAACGUGACGGGGCCCUGCGGGAGGCCCCGCCCCGACGCCUUCCACCUCCUCCGCCAUCCCAGUACGGGCGACCUGCCCUGGCCCGGCCUCGUGCUGGGACUGGGCGUCAUCUCCGCCUGGUACUGGUGCACCGAUCAGGUGAUCGUGCAGCGCUGCCUCGCCGGCCGCUCCCUGACCCACGUCCGGGCCGGUUGCGUCGUCUGCGGGUACCUGAAAGUGCUGCCCAUGUUCCUCAUGGUCCUGCCCGGAAUGGCCGCCCGCGUCCUCUUCCCAGAGGUCGUGGGCUGUGCCGACCCCCAGGGCUGCGCCCGGGCCUGCGGCUCCCCCGUCGGCUGCUCCAACGUGGCCUAUCCCCGGCUGGUGCUCAGCCUGCUGCCCCCAGGGCUGCGGGGGCUGAUGUUGGCCGUGGUUUUGGCCGCCCUGAUGUCGUCGUUGGCCUCGAUCUUCGCCAGCGCCGGGGCCCUUUUCACCUUCGACGUCUACAAGCGGCUCCGGCCCCGGGCAAGCCCGCGGCACCUGCUCAUCGUCGGCAGGGUGUGGAUCGUGGCCAUGGUGGGGCUGAGCCUGGCCUGGUUGCCCGUGGUGGAGGCGGCCCGGGGGGGGAAGCUCUUCGACUACAUCCAGGCCAUCUCCAGCUACCUGGCCCCGCCCGUCGCCGCCGUCUUCUUCCUCGCCGUCUUCGUGCCCCGCGUCAACGAGCCCGGCGCGUUUUGGGGGCUGCUGGGGGGUCUGUGCCUGGGCCUGUCCCGCCUGAUCCCCGAGUUCGCCCUGGGGGAUUUGGGGGGGGGGUCCUGCGGCCCCCCCGGGCGCUGCCCCCGCGCCCUCUGCGGCCUCCACUACCUGCACUUCGCCGCCCUCCUCUUCCUCGCCACCGCCGGGGUCACCCUGGGGGUCUCCCUGCCACCCCCCAUCCCCAAAAAACACCUGCACCGGUUGGUUUUCAGCCUCCGGCACAGUCGGGAGCCCCGGGUCGACCUGGACGCCCCCAAAAACGGGGGGGUCCAACUGCAGGGUGAGGGGGGACCCCAAAUUUUGGGGGGUCUCGGGAGUCCAGGGGUCGAAAUUUGGGGG